AUGGUGAACGGUUUACUUUCGAAGAGUCUGCUAGCCUUGGGGCUCUGUUCUAGCUUCGUUGCUGGAAAAGAUGCGACUCCUCCCUACAAAGAUGCUCGGGUUCCUGUGGAGGACCGAGUGAGUGAUCUGCUGGGCCGGAUGACUAUUGAGGAUAAGAUGGCACAAUUGAUCCAAGGCGAUAUCACCAAUUGGAUGAAUGACACCACGGGCGACUUCAACUACACGGGGUUGGUCGAGAACAUGGAGUUGAAAGCCGGGAUGUUUUAUGUUGGGUAUCCGGUUCCCUGGGAUUGGAUCGCAACGAACGUGAAGAGGGCUCAAGACUACCUUAUCCACAAUACCACUCUCGGGAUUCCGGCCCUUGUGCAGACAGAAGGUAUCCAUGGUUUCUUGAUCGGAAAUGCAACGAUCUACAACUCGCCAAUUGCGUAUGGCUGUUCGUUCAAUAAGGAUUUGGUCUAUAAAAUGGCGAAGUUUAUCGGGCAAGAAGCCAGCGCCCUCGGUGUGAACCAGAUCUUUGCCCCGGUGGUUGAUCUAGCUCGUGAGCUUCGAUUUGGCCGAGUUGAGGAAACGUUCUCGGAAGACCCGUACCUUUCGGGAGAAAUUGGAUACAGUUAUACUAAGGGCCUGCAGAGCACAAAUGUCUCUGCCAUGGUGAAACACUUUAUCGGGUUCAGCCAGCCUGAGCAGGGACUGAAUACUGGGCCUGUCCAGGGAGGCGAGAGACAUUUGCGCACAACUUGGUUUCAGUCUUUCAAGCGGUCAAUCAUCGACGCCGGAGCAUGGAGCAUCAUGAGCGCGUAUAACUCAUACGACGGUAUCCCCGCAAUUUCCGACUACCAUACCCUCACGGAAAUCCUGCGAGAAGAAUGGGGUUACAAAUACUUCGUCAUCAGCGAUGCCGGCGCCACUGACAGACUGUGCAAUGCGUUCAACCUCUGCCGGAGCUCGCCAAUCGACAUGGAGUCCGUCACGCUGCAGGCGCUUCCUGCGGGCAACGACGUUGAGAUGGGCGGUGGUUCAUUUAACUUCCAGAAGAUCGCCGAGUUAGUGGAAGCAGGAAAGCUCGAUAUCGAGAUUGUGGACACAGCUGUAUCGAGAGUGCUGCGAGCCAAGUUCGAAAUGGGCCUCUUCGAAAACCCCUACCCUGCUGCUCCGCCGGAGGAGUGGAAGAAGCUCAUUCACAGCAAAGAGGCUGUGCAGGUGGCACGAGAUCUCGACAAAGAGUCUAUCGUACUGCUGGAGAAUCACGACGAUGUGCUCCCGCUCAAGAAAAGCGGCGAUAUUGCCGUCAUCGGGCCCAUGGCCCACGGCUUCAUGAACUACGGUGACUACGUCGUGUACAAGAGCCAGUACCGUGGCGUCACACCCCUAGACGGCAUCAAAGCCGCCGUUGGCGACAAAGCGCACGUCCACUACGCACAAGGAUGCGAGCGAUGGAGCAAUGACGAGUCUGGAUUCGCCGAAGCCGUCGAAGCCGCGAAGAAAUCUGACGUUGCGGUCGUCGUCGUCGGAACCUGGUCUCGCGACCAGCAGGAGCUAUGGCAGGGUCUCAACGCAACGACCGGCGAACACGUCGACGUAAACGACCUCUCCCUCGUCGGCGCCCAAGCCCCCCUUAUAAAAGCCAUCGUCGACACAGGCGUCCCGACCAUCGUCGUCCUCUCCAGCGGCAAACCCGUCACCGAACCCUGGCUCUCAAACUCCACCUCCGCGCUCCUCCAACAAUUCUACCCCUCCGAAGAAGGCGGCCACGCCCUCGCAGACGUCCUCUUCGGCGACUACAACCCCUCCGGCAAACUCUCCGUCAGCUUCCCCCACUCCGUCGGCGACCUGCCCAUCUACUACGACUACCUGAACUCGGGCCGCUCCAUCGGGGACUCGGGCUCCCAGUCCGACGACGGGGACCUCGUCUUCGGACACCAGUAUGUCCUUGGCAGUCCACUCCCUUGGUAUCCCUUCGGUUACGGAAAGAGUUAUUCGACUUUUGAGUACGGGCGCGUCAAGCUAGAUAAGACCUCUAUUGAGGAUGCCCAGGCGGAGACGGUCACCGUGCAAGUGGACGUUACGAAUCGGCAUCCGGACCGUGAGGGGACGGAGGUCGUGCAGGUGUAUGUGAAGGACGAGUAUGCGAGUGUCGUCGUGCCGAAUAGGGAGCUGAAGGGCUUUGAGAAGGUUGUUAUCCCUGCGGGGAAGACGAAGACUGUGAAGAUUCCGCUGCGGGUGAAGGAUCUGGGGCUGUGGAAUUCGGCGAUGAAGUAUGUUGUUGAGCCGGGUGCGUUCCAUGUGCUUGUUGGGAGUAGCUCGAGUGAUAUUCGGGGGAAUGCUACUUUUACUGUGGAGUAGGUUUGUUGGACUUGUUGG